UUCAACUUUAAAUAAAGAAAAUACUAUAAGGUUGACUAUUUAGGUCUACAUAGUACACUUUGUGAUGAUUAGGCUAUGUAGGCCUAACUGUGUAACAAGCAACAUUCAUUAAUCUGUCUCACUUCUAGGCUAUGUAUAAAUAAAACAAUUAACGAAAUUGCUGUGAAUACGACAUAUAGAGAGUCUAUAUAUAGUAUGUAUAAGUUAAUACAACCUAUAAUAAAGUCAAUCACUGUAAAAAUACGGACAAAUGACGGGAGAAACCGCAGUGUCAAUAUGUCUUCAUCAAAUAUGGGUCAGUGGGUCACAUAAAUACCCUGGUAUAGGCAUACAGAUCAUGAACUAGGAUCAUGACAUAAUGUUGGCGUCGGCUUGCAAGAGUCUAAUGGUGCUUUCAGGACAACUGGGAACUCGGGGGAAAUGAGGUCAAAUAAUGACGUCAGUGAUCUUCACGUCGGAAAUGAGGAGUUCUGAAAAGAUUCCGAGUUUCCGAAUUGUAAUUCCGAGUUGGAUGAACGUUCACAAGGUUUUUUCCCGAGUUCCUAGUUGUCUUGAACGCUCUGAAGUCGACUUCCAAGUUCCAAAUUGUUUUGAACGCGGCAUAAAACUGCUUACUAAAGGCGUAAGUGACACUGCUGUCCCCACGUUCUUUCACUUUGACUCCGCCCACUCCGAGUGGGCAUCUCUAAAUGACUAUGGUUCGCACGCCGACAGGAGGAUGCUUAUGGUUUGCCUACGGGGAGAUAAGAGGACGUUGUCGAGGCACUGCCAAGGAGGUGAGUUCAGGGAAAAUCCCUUUUCAGCCUCAAGCCACGUUCACCACCUCUAUAAUAUCCAGUAUGGCUGAAGAAAUGCCUUCAUGGACCUCAGAAAGGUUUGUUGAUAAAGUGUACAUUUCAAAGAGAAGUAUCAGAAAAAACUUAAUAAACAAAAUGCACUACGUUUCCCACGUGCCCUCAGAGAGUGUAAAAGUCAACACUGCUCACAAAGUGGAAAGUGACUCUAACCCAUCUGAUAAUGACGAUACUGACUCCCUCUCAGGUAGUAGCUACACUGGGAUGAUUUAUUUAAACCCACAAACACCUACAUGGACUCUGGCUGAGAAGUUUGCUGGGCUCAACUCUGGAAAAGACAGGAGACUGUCUCCCAAUCAGGACCUCUGUAGUCCUCCAGGUUCACCCGCAGCCAUUGAACAUAAUGUUGCCAAUAGGAGAGGUUCUACAGGUCUGGAGGGGGUCUACUCAGACUCGUCACAACAGGAGGAAGGCAACAUCAAGAAUGGUACUAAAAGACUUCUGCAGAGGAAAGUGUGUAGCGGUGAUCCUUCUGAUCUGAAGCUGCAUCUGGUGAGAGAGAUCAGGCCCAAAACCAAGGAGGCUCUGUCUGAUGUUCGUCAUGAUGUGCGCGAUGUACGUGGGAACAAGGGGAAUUGGAAGGGUGGAGAACCGCUAGUCAUUCCCCCUCCACUAAACAAGGCUAUGGCCAUGAUUGAUGCCUGUGAGGAUAAGGUGCCUAUAGUGUUUGCUGCCAUGAAGAAACGUGGAGUGGAGGGAGACACAGAGAACCGGCCCUACAAGUGCACUCACUGCAACUGGGCCUUUAAGAAGUCCAGCAAUCUGCAGAGUCAUCUAGAUACUCAUAGUGGCCUGAAGCCUCAUAUAUGUGACCUGUGUGGCAAAGCCUAUUCUCACCAAGGCACACUGCAGCAGCACAAGCGCCUGCACACUGGAGAGAGACCGUACCACUGCCCCUUCUGUGAAAAGACGUACAUCUGGUCCUCCGAUUACCGCAAGCACAUUCGCACGCACACCGGAGAGAAACCGUACGUGUGCGAGACCUGCAGCAAGGACUUUGUGCGCUCCUCGGACCUGCGGAAGCAUGAGCGCAACAUGCACACCAAUGAAAAACCCUUCCCGUGCACGCAGUGCGGCAAGACCUUCAACAAGCCACUGUCCCUGCUCCGCCAUGAGCGCACUCACCUGGGCGAGCGGCCCUUCUGCUGUCCCAUCUGCGGGAAAGCCUUUGCCGUGGCCAGCCGCAUGGCAGAGCACCAGAAGGUGCACACCGGAGUGAGACCCUACACUUGCCUGGUCUGCACCAAGUCCUUCACCAAGUCCUCCAACCUGCUGGAGCACCAGGCCGUACACAGCGGCAUCCGCCCCCACAAGUGUCCUCAGUGCGGGGUGGCAUUCGCCAUGGUGUCCCGCCUGGUCCGUCACCAACGUGUCCAUACCGGAGAGAGGCCCUACGACUGCACAGGCUGCAGCAUGUCCUUCAGCCGCACGGCUGCUCUGAAGCGCCACCAAGAGCAGACGUGUGCCGGGAGGAUCUUUGUCUGUGUGGAGUGUGACAAGGCAUUCCAGUGUGCCUCUCAGCUCACAGAGCACAUGGUGAGCCAUGAAUGACCCUACUGCUGCUGCUACUGCUGCUGCUGCUGCUUCUGUUGUUGAAAACACUGAAGACUGAUUUAUGCUGUUUGGGAGCUACCCUCUCAUACAGUACAAACAGUUGGUCUAAUCAACCUUACUGAUCUCUACAUGCUACGCUCUCAGAAAAAAGUGUUCCCAAAGGGUUCUUCGGCUGUCCCCAUAGGAUAACCCUUUUUGGUUCCAGGUAGAUAGCAUCUUUUUUGAAGGAAAACAUCCUGCUAGGCUGCUAAGCUUUAAAAUACAGUGCCUUCGGAAAAUAUUCACACCCCUUUCCUUUUUCACAAGUGCCCUCAGCCGGUAUGAUGCAUUUUGCAUCAAAUUAUGUUGCGAUUUGCAUCAUAUGAUGCUCAAUGCAUCAUACACGUUGUGUUUCUGUAUUUUAUCUUGAAGUUGUAUAUCUUGAAAACUUGAUUGCUGACAUGGAAAACAUUUUGGGACUGUAUAAAAAAUUUGACUAAUGAAACAAAUACCAAAAGAUGGUUUUGGGGUGGAACUUUCCUUUUAUGGCUGUGAUUGGAGAAAACUGAGGAUGGAUCAAGAACAUUGUAGUUACUCCACAAUACUAACCUAAAUGACAGAUUGAAAAGAAGGAAGCCUGUACAGAAUACAAAUAUUCCAAAUCAUGCAUCCUGUUUGCAAUAAGGCACUAAAGUAAAACUGCCAAAAAUGUGCCAAAGCAAUUCACUUUUUGUCCUGAAUACAAAGCAUUAUGUUUGGGGCAAAUCCAACACAACACAUCACUGAGUACCACUCUUCAUAUUUUCAAGCAUGGUGGUGGCUGCAUCAUGUUAUGUGUAUGCUUGUUAUCGGCAAGGACAAGGGAAUGGAAUAGAGCUAAGCACAGGAAAACCUGGUCCAGUCUGCUUUCCAACAGACACUGGGAGACAAAUGUACCUUUCAGCAGGACAAAAACCUAAAACACAAGGCCAAUAACCUAAAACACAAGGCCUUGCAAAAGUAUUCACCCCCUUGGCAUUUUUCGUAUUUUGUUGCAUUACAACCUGUAAUUUGAAUGGGUUUUUAUUUGGAUUUCAUGUAAUGGACAUACACAAAAUAGUCAAAAUUGGUGAAGUGAAAUGAAAAUAAUAACUUGUUUCAAAAAACUCAAAAACAGAAAAGUGGUCCGUGCAUAUGUAUUCACCCCUUUUGCUAUGAAGCCCCUAAAUAAGAUCUGGUGCAACCAAUUACCUUCAGAUGUCACAUAAUUAGUUAAAUAAAGUCCACCUGUGUGCAAUCUAAGUGUGACAUGAUCUGUCACAUGAUCUCAGUAUAUAUACACGUAUUCUGAAAAGCCCCAGAGUCUGCAACACCACUAAGCAAGGGACACCACCAAGCAAGUUGCACCAUGAAGACCAAAGAGCUCUCCAAACAGGUCAGGGACAAAGUUGUGGAGAAGUACAGAUCAGGGUUGGGUUAUAAAAAAAUAUCAGAAACUUUGAACAUCCCACAGAGCGCCAUUAAAUUCAUUAUUUAAAAAUGAAAAAGACUAUGGCACCACAACAAACCUGCCAAGAGAGGGCCGCCCACCAAAACUCACGGACCGGGCAAGGAGGGCAUUAAUCAGAGAGGCAACAAAGACACCAAAGAUAACCCUGAAGGAGCUGCAUAGCUUCGGGGCAGAGAUUUGAGUAUCUGUCCAUAGGACCACUUUAAGCCGUACACUCCACAGAGCUGGGCUUUAUGGAAGAGUGGCCAGAAUAAAAUAAGUAAACAUGUUUGGUGUUCGCCAAAAGGCAUGUGGGAGACUCCCCAAACAUAUGGAAGAAGGUACUCUGGUCAGAUGAGACUAAAAUUGAGCUUUUGGCCAUCAAGGAAGAUGUUAUGUCUGGCACAAACCCAACACCUCUCAUCACCUCGAGAACAUCAUCCCCACAGUGAAGCAUGGUGGUGGCAGCAUCAUGCUGUGGGGAUGUUUUUCAUUGGCAGGGACUGGGAAACUGGUCAGAAUUGAAGGAAUGAUGGAUGGCGCUAAAUACAGGGAAAUUCUUGAGGCAAACCUGUUUCAGUCUUCCAGAUUUGAGACUGUGACAGAGGUUCACCUUCCAGCAGGACAAUGCCCCUAAGCAUACUGCUAAAGCAACACUUGAGUGGUUUAAGGGGAAACAUUUAAAUGUCUUGGAAUGGCCCAGUCAAAGCCCAGACCUCAAUCCAAUUGAGAAUCUGUUGGAUUGAGAUUGCUGUACACCAUCGGAACCCAUCCAACUUUAAGGAGCUGGAGCAGUUUUGCCUUGAGGAAUGGGCAAAAAUCCCAGUGACUAGAUGUGCCAAGCUUAUAGAGACAUACCCCAAGAGACUUGCAGCUGUAAUUGCUGCAAAAGGUGGUUCUACAAAGUAUUGACUUUGGGGGGGUGAAUAGUUAUGCACACUCAAGUUUUCUGUUUUUUUGUCUUAUUUCUUGUUUGUUUCACAAGAAAAAAUAUUUUGCAUCAUCAAGGUGGUAGGCAUGUUGUGUAAAUCAAAUGAUACAAACCCCCCAAAAAAUCUAUUUUAAUUCUAGGUUGUGAGGCAACAAAAUAGGAAAAAUGCCAAGGGGGGGUGAAUACUUUCGCAAGCCACUGUAUACAAUGGAGUUGCAUACCAAGACGACAUUGAGUGUUCCUGAGUGGCCUAGUUACAGUUUUGACUUAUAUCGGCUUGAAAAUCUAUGGCAACUUGAAAAUGGCUGUCUAGCAAUGAUCAACAACUUAACCGAAUUUUAAAAAGAAUAAUAUGCAAAUAUUGUACAAUCCAGUUGUUUAACGCUCUUAGAGACUUACCCAGAAAGACACAGCUAUAAUCACUGCCUAAGGUGCUUAUACAAAGUAUUGAAUCAGGGGUGUGAAUACUUAUGUAAAUGAGUACAUUUGCAAAAAAUUCUAAAAAGAUGUUUUCACUUUGCCGUUAUGGGGUAUUGUGUGUAGGUAGAUGGGUGAGAAUAAAAUAUAUUUAAUACAUUUUCAAUUCAGGCUGUAACACAACAAGAUGUGGAAUAAGUCAAGGAGAAUGAUUUUUAUGAAAUACGACCUGUAAUUAAUUACAAUAUGAGUGAAAAGGUUUUCCUUCCAAAAAAUGCUAAUUUUUAAAAGCAGCUUUUCUGUGUUAGAAUGGUGUGGGCGUACCCCAACACCAGAGCGGUGUGGGUGUAUACCAGUCAUUAAAAAUAUUAAUGCAAGUAGACUCAUUCCCUAUAAGGAAAUAACAAUAAUUUUUUAAAUGGUCUGUUUGAGAUACAAGUCUGAGGUGUAGUUUAAAAAAUAUAUUUUUUAAUUUUUAUGCUUUGGCCACAAAUACGAGUAUAGGAUGAGUCAACAACAUCAUUUGGGUAUGAGUUAACAGAAUAUUAACGUUUAAAAGGGAGAUUUUCACUGGACAGUUACUUAAGCAUCCUCUGAAAAUAUUCUAAAAUCUAUAUUAAAAAACUUCUGCUAAUGCAAGCAUGAGUUUGUCUGAAAAAAGCUAAAUUGUUAAGGAAGAUGUAUGAUGUUCAGGAAUUAUAUGCCGCUUUCUAUAAUAUUUGUGAUCUCUUAUAUAAGGAAUGUGGUAAAAUACCCACAAUAAUCAACUGUCAUCUGUCAUCCUCAAUGAUGGAGAGUAUUGGAUUUAUUUUACUACACUGUGGUUACAUAGUUUAUUUAUUCUGUGUGAACUUGACAAAGACUGUCUGAAAAAUAUAUACUACCAGGAAUUACUUUGCCCUGAAUGACAGUUGAGGGUAUCAAUAUGUUUGAAAUGUUUUUUGUUUUUUACCUGUUCUUAUAAAAUAGAUCUCUGGUUAAUUGACACAAGCAACAGCUUGCUUUCAUCAAUUUAUUUUUUUAAGUAUGUCAGUUUGUUCUUGUUUUUAUCAUUUGAGCAUGCCUUCUUUCUGGUGACCCAUAGUUCUAUUCAAAUCUCUAUUAUUCUGCAAUACAGUAUUUGACUUAGAAUGGAGUAGACUAGAAUACAAUACAAUACAAUUCAUCUUUAUUGUCCCCAAAAAGCAAUUCAGUUGCAUCAAAAUUGGACAGUUUAGUAGUUUGACAGCAUGUAGCUUAUGGUAGGUUAGUGAAGGCUAAACUUUAGAGGAGUGAUUAUACAACCGUUGCCAAAAGUUUUGAGAAUGACACAAAUAUUAAUUUCCACAAAGUUUGCUGCUUCAGUGUCUUUAGAUAUUUUUGUCAGAGUUUACUAUGGAAUACUGAAGUAUAAUUACAAGCAUUUCAUAAGUGUCAAAGGCUUUUAUUGACAAUUACAUGAAGUUGAUGCAAAGAGUCAAUAUUUGCAGUGUUGACCCUUCUUUUUAAAGACCUCUGCAAUCCACCCUGGCAUGCUGUCAAUUAACUUCUGGGCCACAUCCUGUCUGAUGGCUGCCCAUUCUUGCAUAAUCAAUGCUUGGAGUUUGUCAGAAUUUGUGGGUUUUUGUUUGUCCACCCGACUUUUGAGGAUUGACCACAAGUUCUCAAUGGGAUUAAGGUCUGGGGAGAUUCCUGGCCAUGGACCCAAAAUAUCGAUGUUUUGUUCCCCGAGCCACUUAUUUAUCACUUUUGCCUUAUAGCAAGGUGCUCCAUCAUGCUAGAAAAGGCAUUGUUCGUCACCAAACUGUUCCUGGAUGGUUGGGAGAAAUUGCUCUCAGAGGAUGUGUUGGUACCAUUCUUUAUUCAUGGCUGUGUUCUUAGGCAAAAUUGUGAGUGAGCCCACUCCCUUGGUUGAGAAGCAACCCCACACAUGAAUGGUCUCAGGAUGCUUUACUGUUGGCAUGACACAGGACUGAUGGUAGCUCUCACCUUGUCUUCUCCGGACAAGCUUUCCGGAUGCACCAAACAAUUGGAAAGGGGAUUCAUCAGAGAAAAUGACUUUACCCCAGUCCUCAGCAGUCCAAUCCCUGUACCUUUUGCAGAAUAUCAGUCUGUCCCUGAUGUUUUUCCUGGAGAGAAGUGGCUUCUUUGCUGCCCUUCUUGACACCAGGCCAUCCUCUAAAAGUCUUCGCCUCACUGUGCGUGCAGAUGCACUCACACCUGCCUGCUGCCAUUCCUGAGCAAGCUCUGUACUGGUGGUGCCCCGAUCCCGCAGCUGAAUAAACUUUAGGAGACGGCCCUGGCGCUUGCUGGACUUUCUUGGGCGCCCUGAAGCCUUCUUCACAACAAUUGAACUGCUCUCCUUGAAGUUCUUGAUGAUCUGAUAAAUGCUUGAUUUAGGUGCAAUCUUACUGGCAGCAAUAACCUUUCCUGUGAUGCCCUUUUUGCGCAAAGCAAUGAUGACGGCACGUUUUUCCUUGCAGGUAACCAUGGUUGACAGAGAAAGAACAAUGAUUCCAAGCACCACCCUCCUUUUGAACCUUCCAGUCUGUUAUUCGAACGCAAUCAGCAUGACAGAGUGAUCUCCAGCCUUGUCCUUGUCAACACUCACACCUGUGUUAACGAGAGAAUCACUGACAUGAUGUCAGCUGGUCCUUUUGUGGCAGGGCUGAAAUGCAGUGGAAAUGUUUUGGGGGGGAUUCAGUUAAUUUGCAUGGCAAAGAGGGACUUUGCAAUUAAUUGCAAUUCAUCUGAUCACUCUUCACAACAUUCUGGAGUAUAUACAAAUUGCCAUCAUACAAACUGAGGCAGCAGACUUUGUGAAAAUUUAUAUUUGUGUCAUUCUCAAAACUUUUGGCCACGACUGUACACAUGAGCACCUCUAAGAAGAACACCUAGUAGCCUAUUAAGUGCAGUGUGCAUCCCAAAUGGCACCUUUAGGUCCUGGUCAAAAAUAAUGUACUAUAUAGGAAAUAUGUUGCCUUUUGGCAAGCACACCUAGUAGCAUAUGAAGUGGAGAUCAGUAAUGAGGGUGCAGUUCUAAGGUUAAUCGUAUGGGAACAAUCUGAAUCUUUGAAAGUACAAUAUGGAAUGUAAUUUAUAACAUUUUUGUUUGUUAUGGAUUUGGCAGGUUUUGUUUUUGUAUUUUUUACCUGUGUUUUUGGUGUUCUUUGAUGAAGAGUAUGGACACCUUGAUUGCAAAGGAGUGCAGAAUAACAUAAUGCAGAAAGCGCCAUCCUUUUCUGAAAAUCUAGACCAGCAAGAUUGAAUUCAAUGUACGUCCUUUGAAGCACUUUAACAGCUUCUACCCCCAGCUCACAGCAGGGACCUUAAGUGAGUUUGAAAGUCCAGUAAUUUGUCUUACUAAGACCCGGUGAUCCGUUGUGAAAAUUGGUCCUCCAAUACCUCUGUAGCACAGGAGGCUGCUAACGGGAGAACAGCUCAUAAUAAUAUCUGGAAUGGAGUGAAUGGAAUGGUUUGAUGUGUUCGAUACCAUUCCAUUUAUUCCCUUCCAGCUAUUACUAUGAGCACGUCCUCCCCAAUUAAGGUACCACUCGCUGCCUGUGCUCUGUAGUUAACCUUAAGUCUUACUACAAUCCACAACUUACUCAAUAAUACAGUUUUGAUACCAUCAGAUACCAUCAGUGCCAUCCAGUCACAUGAGAAUAUACAGUAAGAGACUCACUCACUAUUUCUAUGCAAUAAUCAAGAGAUUGGGUUGAAUGAAAACCAGAGCGGAGUCAUUCAGAGCUGCUGUCCGACUGACAGGCUAAUGGUCAUUAGGAGUUCAUGUGAUACUACAAAAGUACUGUUAAUACCUGGUGCUAACAAGCCCCCUUUGUCCUGAUUGUGUCCACAUCCUGAUUGUACCCACAUUUGUAGACCAUCAAAAGACACAUUGUGAUCUGAUUGUGAUCUUCCUGACCACCUCCAGAGGUAGACAGGCACAUAGCCGUGGGAAGUAGUGCACUGGGCCUUUACUAGUACGAUAUUAACGGACUUAUAUAGCCGUCUGUAGUGCAGCACCCCCACCCUCAAACAUCUUCCCACGGCCUGCAUUGUGUCUGGAUAUCUUACAAAUGUAGACAUAUCUAGACAGUGACACCAUUUGAAUCAAAAUUAUCCCACCUUCUAAAAUCAUUGACAGGUGGCACCCUUGACUUUAGACAUAAAUUUUUGUUUUAAAAUAAAUACAUUUAUAUUAUUUUGAAAGAAUAUUAAUCAAAUAAUUGGAUGCAUGUUAGCGCCCGGUAUAAACAAGGCCCUGGUCACUAGUGUGUUCACUUCCUAGUGUGUUCACUUCCUAGUGUGUUCACUUCCUAGUGUGUUCACUUCCUAGUGUGUUCACUUCCUAGUGUGUUCACUUCCUAGUGUGUUCACUUCCUAGUGUGUUCACUUCCUAGUGUGUUCACUUCCUAGUGUGUUCACUUCCUAGUGUAGAUACAUUAGUGAGAAAAAAUCUUGACACGAGGCAUCCUUGCCCUCUUGCCCAGGGUGGCACAUUUUAUGUUUGUUUACAUGUGUCAAGAAAUAUUGUGUGAAUAUUUGCUAGAUGUCAGAAAAAUGUUGGAUCUUAUUUCAGGUGUCAAGUUGAUAUUCUAUUUGAAGACCAAAGGUCUACCGAAUAUUGCGGGAAUGAAAAAAAUAUAUAAUUUGUACUGUACAAGCUGCAAGCUGCAAGCUGAUUUAUGUAGCUGUCUGCUGCAGUAACACAUAGAUGUUAUGUGUAUAAUUGGAUUUGAGUAAAAGAGAACAAGAAUUUAAAUAAAAGAGAAUGCGAAUAACAAUCAAUUGUUUGUGUUUUUUGAAAAUGUUUAAUGUAAACAUUAUAGUAAAUUUUAUUUUUAAAGCGCUGAAAUGUUCAUUAACCUCUACUUCCUCACAAACCCGGGUCCGGGAGCACCCCCACCAGUAAAAAAGCUGACUAGCAUAGGCUAGUAUAGCGUCACAAGUAAAUACUAGCAUCUAAAUAUCAUUAAAUCACAAGUCCAAGACACCAAAUGAAAGAUACACAUCUUGUGAAUCUAGCCAUCAUUUCUGAUUUUUAAAAUGUUUUACAGGGAAGACACAAUAUGUAAAUCUAUUAGCUAACCACGUUAGCAAAAGACACCACUUUUUUACUCCACCAUUUUUUUACUCCAUCAGUAGCUAUCACAGAUUCGACCAAAUAAAGAUAUAAAUAGCCACUAACCAAGAAACAACUUCAUCAGAUGACAGUCUGAUAACAUAUUUAUUGUAUAGCAUAUGUUUUGUUAGAAAAAUUUGCAUAUUUCAGGUAUAAAUCAUAGUUUACCAUUGCAGCCACUAUCACAACGCUCACCAAAGCGACUAGAAUAACUACAGAGACCAUCGUGUAUUAGCUAAUUAUUCAUCAUAAAACAUUUCUUAAAAAUACACAGCGUACAGCAGAUGAAAGACACAGAUCUUGUGAAUCCAGCCAAUAUUUCAGAUUUUCUAAGUGUUUUACAGCGAAAACACAAUAUCGCGUUAUAUUAGCUUACCACAAUAGCAAACAUCACAUUGAUUCAAGGCAAAAAUAGCGAUAACGUAUAAACCACCAAAAUAUAUACAUUUUUUCACUAACCUUCUCAGAAUUCUUCAGACGACAGUCCUAUAACAUCAUAUUACACAAUGCAUAUAGAGUUUGUUCGAAAAUGUGCAUAUUUAGCGGCACAAAUCGUGCUUAUACAAUGUGAUUAGUGUCCAAAACCUCAAGCAAUCUGUCCGGCGCCAUCUUGGAGAGGCACCUAUUCUAAUCGAAAACUAUUCAUAAACUUGACAAAAAAAAUACAGGUUGG